CAUGCAGGUACUUUAAACUGGUAUCCACUUAUCGGCCCCCAAAGUGUGAGAUUUUCUAAACCAAUAAAAGAUCUUUCAUUACUGCGAAGGCGGAUACUCUGUGGAAACCAUGUCUCUGGUUGAAGGACUUUUUCAGGCUCCUCUCAGCAUCAUACUACUGGGUUGCUUAAUUCUUCUGAGGGUCCUCUACCUUUUCUCCUUAAGCCAUAAGCAUGGAAAGGAGCCCCCUGGACCCAGACCUUUGCCAGUCCUUGGAAACUUACUACAGCUGGAUCUCAGGAGACCCCAUGCCAGUCUCUGCGAGCUGUCCAAAAAAUAUGGGUCAGUGUUUACAGUUCACUUUGGCCCAAAGAAAGUGGUGGUCCUUGCUGGUUUCAAGACUGUGAAAGAGGCCCUGGUCAAUUAUGCAGAUGAGUUUGGGGAUCGAGACAUAACUCCUGCAUUCUAUAAGAUGACCCACAACCACGGCAUAGUGUUUGCCAAUGGAGACUCGUGGAGAGAGAUGAGACGAUUUGCUCUAACCAACCUUCGUGACUUUGGAAUGGGCAAGCGAAUAAUUGAGGAGAAAAUCAUUGAGGAGAUCCAGUACUUAACGGAGGAGUUCGGGAAGUACAAUGGGCAACCUUUUGACAACAAUGAUGCAGUGAGUCACGCAGUUUCGAACAUCGUAUCCUCCAUUGUGUACGGCAGGAGAUUUGACUACUCGGACUCCCUGUCCCAAGAGAUGGUAAAGGGUGUAACCAAUAGAGUCCGACUUCUUGGAACAGUUUCUGUUAUGGUGUACAACAUGUUUCCAUGGCUGGGCCCUUUCAUUAAGGACUGGAAAGACCUAAUGAAGAAUAUUACGACUAGCCUAGAAGUGAUACAAAAGCUGGUGAAGAAAGUUCAGGACUCUUUGAAUACUAAGGACAGCAGGUGCUAUGUGGAUUCCUUCCUUAUCCGACAGCAGGAAAUUAAGAAAUAUGGAGAGCAGGACUUAUAUUUCACUGAGCAGAACUUACUGUUCAGUAUUGUUAACCUAUUUAGUGCUGGAACUGAAACCACUGCCACCACACUCCGUUGGGGACUGUUGCUUAUGGCCAAGUACCCUCACAUACAGGACCGUGUUCAGGAGGAGCUGUCCAGGGUCAUUGGAGGUCGGCAACCAAGGGCUGAGGACAAGAAGAACCUGCCGUACACAGAUGCCGUGAUCCAUGAGAUCCAGAGAGUGGCCAAUGUUGUCCCAAUGAAUGUCCCGCACAGCACCUCCUGCGAUGUGGAGUUCCAAGGUUACCACAUCAAGAAGGGAACCGCUGUGUAUCCUCUGCUGACGUCUGUACUGUUUGAUGAGAAUGAAUGGGAGACUCCUCACACAUUCAACCCUGGACAUUUCCUAGAUGAGCAGGGACAAUUCAUGAAGAGGGAUGCCUUCUUGCCCUUCUCUGCAGGGCGUAGAGUAUGUCUUGGAGAGAGUCUGGCCAGAAUGGAGCUUUUCCUCUUCUUGACCUCACUACUGCAGAAGUUUUGUUUUACUCCACCUCCUGGAGUGUCUGAGUCUGAGCUGGACCUCACUCCCUCUGUUAGGUUUAUCCUCAACCCUCCCAAACACAAACUCUGUGCUGUCAGCCGGGCCUGAUGGUCCGGAGUCAUAUGUGCGAAUGGAGGAAUUUAAUGUAUCCAACAUUAAUCUUAUGCUGCAGAGGUUAAAGAUUUUAUAAGCAACAGAGUGUGUUACCAAACAAAUUGUUUUGGUCCUCAGAGCUGACUGGACAAGCAGAGCUCCAGUUGUGACAUUAAUCUUUGAUAAAGCAAAACUAAACAGAAACUUUUGUAUUGGUUUAGGAAUAUAAUAUUGACAGUUCCACCAGCUGACGCAACUGUAAAUCUUAACUGUAAACCCUAGCUGUAAAUCUGACUGUAGCAAUAUUUGCCCUUAAAUCACAGUCUACAUGUAAAAGGAAUUACAAUAUAUAGUACGUAUUUUACAAUACGUACUAUAUAAUGUAAUGUAUGUGCAACAGUACAUUUACUGAGGACAGC